GUAAUUUUGCGCAUGCGCGUUACGUUGACAACGGACGCUACUUCUCCUAAAAAAUGGCAGGGAUAAUGCAGUUCCAAUUGACUGUUAUUGGGCUUUUACCCAACGAAACAUUCCACAUUGCAAGAUGUUGUGCAGAGGCACUAUACCAAAGUAACCCUGAGAAGUUCAAAACACCUGACAUACGAGGUUUACUGGAGUUUGAAUGGGAGGAGUAUGUGGAAGAACAGAGGAAAGCCUUACGAGAUGAGACAUGGGUCUUUACUGAAAAGGCAAUGACUUAUGUCAAUGGAGAAUUCCUUGGAGGUCCCGAGGCUCUGAAGCAGUGGUCAGAGCAGCACUUCAACUAUGUGGAAUACAAGCCCCUCCCACUCUACAUGGCUUUAGCUGAGGAAGCGUAUAAGGAACAUAUUCUUGCCACAAAACAUACAUUUGUGUACUUUGACGUAACAGUUGAUGGGGAAAAAAUUGGCAGAUUGCUGUUUGAGCUCUUCACUGACCAAUGCCCAAGGACGUGUGAGAACUUCCGAGCGCUCUGCACGGGGGAGAAGGGACAGAAAACAGAUGAUACUCUGAUGAAGUUCCACUACCUUGAAUCCUUGUUUCACAGGAUCGUACCCAAUGGAUGGGUACAAGGUGGAGAUAUCUUGUACGGAAAAGGAGAUGGAGGUGAAUCAAUUCAUGGACCAGUAUUUGAAGAUGAGAACUUUUCGGUGAAGCACAAUGCCAGGGGUGUACUGGGGAUGGGCAACAAAGGAAGACAUACCAACGGAUCUCAGUUCUACAUCACGUGUCAACCCGCUCCGUGGAUGGACAGCAAGUUUGUAGCCUUCGGAAAACUUGUUGAAGGCACCGAAGUUCUGAAGACCUUAGAAGGGCAGGAGACAUACAAUGAGAGACCAAAGAAGGACUGUAAGAUUGCUGCCUGCGGAGUCUUUGUCCCAGAAGACUAGACCAUCGCCAAGACCAAUCAAGACCAGUUUUUGAACCUGAUUUUCAGACCAAGACAGUGUUCUCAUCGCAUCAGGGUUUUCUGUUUUCAGACCACUUUAAGCGAUACCUGUAUAGAAAAAUCACCUAUUUACACAGACCGCAUCUUCAUUUCCCAUGAACAGAAUUUCUCAUGGGACCUGGGGGGGGGGGUGUUUCACAAAGAUCCUAAGUUAUACUAAUCAAUUAUGGAAGGCCGUUAACAUCUUUGAAUAUAUAUUGUAAAAUUUAUUUUAAAAGGCAUAAAAUGUUGAUUCAAAUCAUUCAUAUUUUCUACUGUCAAAGGGAUGUCAUGUUCUUGAUGUGGAAUUUAUGAAAAAUCUAACAAAAUUGAAUUUUUGCUUUUGAAUACAUUUUAUUUGAAGGCUACAAAUGGCUCUCCAUAAUGUUUAAAUCCAACUUAGAGUUAACUUCGUCUUCGGUUCCUUGAGAAACACUCCUAGGUUAAAAACGAUCAGUAUAGGCCUACUGCAUAAAGACCACCUGCCUGUAAAGACCACUUUUCUGAUCUCCCUCGAGUGGUUGUUACAGACAGGUUUCAUUGUAUUUCUGAAGGUGCCUAGAGCUGCUUUCGCAUUACUACGAGCAAUUGCUCACAACUUUUGUUUCCCACCAAUGUACUGUCCAUGUAGUUGAUCUUCCAUAUAUGAAAGGGGCCUUCUGAUGUGAAUUGCGCUCAACAAAAGUAUUAGGGGCCAAGUUAAAUACAUGGAGUGUAAGCCUUGGUCCCACUAACAUGGCUAAUUGGUUAUAAACAUGGAAAGUGAGCUCUUCAUAAUUCUAAACCUGUUUCUCAAUUUCUACUCUAUGAUGAAAUGAAGUUUUGUUUCCAUUGCAUUAUAAACCAUUCAGAAUGCAAGGUUAAUAAAGAGUGAUUGACAAAAAAAGUGUCAAAGAAGUGUCUACAAAAUAUCAGUUUUCAUCGACCUCAUUUUGUUUGGACCUAUUCAUCGUAUUGAAGAUAUCGAACUUUCUUGAAUGAACUACCGGUAACCAAAUUUAGAAGUACAUAGUUUUGAUUUCUCCCAAAGUGCUUUGUGGUAGUUUCAGUUAUGAACUGAAUGCAAUUAAUCCAUUCAGAAAGAUAUUACUAUUGUUUCAAAUACUGGUGCACAAUUCAAGUCUGUAACCUUUUAUUCAUACAUAAAUGUAGCUAUAUAUGGAGAAAAAAAAGUGCUAAGUCUAUGAUGGUGCAGCAUAACUUCUGGAGGUUUUUUAAUCGUUUUUUUAAUGAAAUGUGUCAAGUAUUAGCUCAUAUUAUUCUGUCUAUCAAAAGCCACAGAGUUUUUCAUUCUGUCAAAUUCCAAUUAAUUCAAGUGGUUGCAUCUAAAAGAAAUACAUGUAUGAGAACGACUACUGCUUGUGCCUUUGAUUCACAUCAUAUCCACCAAUUUUUUAUAAUUUUUUUUUUAAAGCGUUGCAGGGAUUUGCAAGGUGAAAAUGUUGUACAAAAUAAUAAUUGGAAACUUUCCACUACGGUGGCAGAAUAUUUAUUAUUAGCAAAAUUAAAGUCACACUUCUUUUCAAA